AUGGCUCGCAACAUGCUCUUCCGACUCUUAGCUCUCUUUUCGUCCUUGAUCGCCAUUUCCGGAGUGGUCACUCCCCGCGCGACUUGUAGCAAUGGAAAAACCGUGUCUUCUGCUCAGUGUUGCAUCUGGUUCGAUGUCCUUGAGGAUAUACAAGCGCACCUGUAUAACGGCGGUGUCUGCGAUGAAGUAGCGUCCGAUGCUAUACGUUUACCUUUCCAUGACGCAAUUGGCUACUCCUCUUCUCUAAUUGAACAAGGACUGUUUGGUGGCGGUGGCGCAGAUGGUUCGAUGAUGUAUUUUGCCGCUUCGGAACUGAACUAUCCUCGUAAUGCUGGUUUACGGACCAUCGCCACCGUAGAACGGCCUUACGCUGAAUUGUACAAUGUUUCGUUUGGAGACAUGAUCCAAUUUGCCGGCGCUGUGGCUCUGCGCAAUUGUCCAGGAGGUCCACGUUUACAAUUCUUGGCGGGCCGUCCCCCAGCCACAGUUGCGGCACCGAAUAACGGUCUACUUCCAGGAGCGGAAGAAACCGUCGAUGUGCUACUUGCUAGAAUGGCGGAUGCGGGACUCAGUCCUUCUGAUUUGAUUGACCUUCUUGCCUCACACAGCGUGGCAUUUCAAGAGAAAGUGGAUCCAAGUAUUCCCUUCACUCCUUUCGACUCUACGCCUACGAUUCUAGACGCGCAGUUCUUUGUUGAAACCUUGUUGAAUGGUACUGACUGGCCCGGAGAUGGUGAACACGUCGGAGAAGCCAAAUCACCUCUUGAUGGGGAGUUUCGCCUGCUUGCAGAUCACCGACUUGCUAGAGAUCCAAGGACCGCAUGCCAUUGGCAAUGGUUAAUCAGUCACCCAGAAUCUAUCGCACCCCGGUUCUAAGCUCGUGAAUUCGUGAGUUGGCUUUGGGCCCCGCAAAUAAAGGUGUCGUAAACUU